UGGAGAAGCGUGAAUAAUGCAAAAAACAAGGAUAAAAAUGGGAAUAGACGUUGUGAUAAAGGAGAUAACUUCCCCGGGUGGUUCAGAUUCAAAGGCAAUGCUGGGAAUAGAAUGCUAGACAAGUGCCCACCGCCCUUCACAUGCGGAGCUAAUGCUCCCAUGUGGUUGAACGGUAGACACCCAACAAUAGGAGAUGGCGUGGUCAGUAGAAAGACAUGCAUGAGCCACCUUAAUAGCUGUUGUGAUAAGCAAUUUCAAGUCAAAGUGAAGAUGUGCCCGGCGGGAUUCUAUGUGUACUAUUUACCAAAGGCACCAAAAUGCUUUCUGGUUUAUUGUGGUGAAUAUCACAACAUGUGUCUUGAUAAAAACGGUGGAUGUUCCCACUUCUGCUCUAUGGAUAAGACUACAUUAACAGCUGUGUGUUCGUGUCCAAGUGGUUUUCCUCUUAGAAAGGAUCGAAGGACGUGCGAGUAUCGCAACCUGUGUCUUGAUAAAAACGGUGGAUGUUCCGACAACUGCUCCAUGGAUAACUCUACAUUCAAAGCUGUGUGUUCGUGUCCAAAAGGUUUCCGUCUGGGAAAGAACCAAAGGACGUGCGGUACGUGA